UUUGACCUGAACAUUUGUUGACAUUUCCUGAAACAUAUGUUUCAUAAGUGAAGUUCAAUAUAACAACCGAGUCGCAUUAGAAAACACGAUUUCUAAAUGUAUUUAUCGUAAAUUGCAGAGUCCAGAUAAAAAUCCCGUCCGCAAGAUAACAGUGCGUGACUGUGCGGGCAGGAGGAAAUGUGGUAUGCCGUGAUCACUAGGUUCCUGCGUCGUCGGAUAGUGCUGGCGGUCAUCUUCCUAUUUUCGCUGACGUAUUGUAUGGUGCGGCUGAUUGGAAAUAACGUAUCGCUAAAUUUGGACGGUGACCUGUUUCAAACUGGUCUACAGCGUGAAAAGCCCAUCAUUUGGACAAGUGCUAUUCUGGAGGAUCGCAACCGGUCCAACGAUCUGUCUACAAACUGUCGAAACUCUGUCCAAGGCAAAGCCCUCAUAGUUGACGAUCGGGGCUACGUUUGUACCAGAUUCGAGCUGUUGUGGACGGGAUGUUGCAACGUAGAGGUUGAAAGCACCAAGCUUUUCCAUUGCGACACAUGCCAGAGCAGUAACUGUUGUGCAAUUUAUGAAUACUGCGUAUCGUGUUGCAUGCACCCCAACAAGAGACCGUUGCUAGAAAGGGUGCUAGCGAAGGCAACCGGGCGUCAAAUUGCGGUCUAUGCCACAGUUAACGAUCAAUACGAACUGUGUUUGACAAAGUGUCGGACCAAUUCACAUUCGGUACAAAACGAGAAUAAAUAUCGUGAUCCAAAGUUGAAACAUUGCUACGGUGAAACCGAAGAACAGCUCACUGCACCAAAUAGCAGAAACAGUGCCAGUGGUGCAGUGGACACAAGUGACAACAAUAAUCCUCUAGUAAAUAGUGUGUAGGCGAAAGAGUAUGCUGAUAAACUGAGAGAUGUAUGCGGUUUGUGAUAAGAAGACAGAUUCAGUUAAACAAUGAUA